UUUAUACAUCCCUGACAGAUGAGGAAGGGACUUUUUCCAUUCACUUCAUACAUUUAACAUUCUCAUGGGACUGGGGCAGACUGAGUGAGGGAUGAACCUGUCGAAACUUUAUCUGCAGUGAGGUAGUCCAUGUCACUCAAGGCGCAUUCCAUUGACUGAGAGGUGUUUUCACCAAGCUACAUACCCUGCAUAUUCUACCGAACACGUACUGUAGUAGACUUAAACAGGGAUCUGCUUAUGUUUGAGACAAACUGUUAUUGAAACUGGGAAAUACUCUGCUGUGCUUCAACGAAACUUUCAUACAGUUAAACAAAAUAUUAUAGGAACACGGGGAGAAUGGAUCACGCGCAACGAAAGUCUGAUGUAUUUGCUUUACAAGAGGUGUGACACAUUGAAGUUCGACAUGGCAUGCUGGAAAUGGUGCCGUCGGACCUGGGUUUGUUGCCUGGAAGAUGAAGAGAGGAGGAGCAUUGCUAUUGACAAGGAGAUUCAGAGGAUUCUCCGACAGCAGAAGAACAGAGAACGCAAAGAAAUCAAAGUUCUUUUACUCGGCACAGGGGAGAGUGGGAAAACCACCUUCAUCCGACAGAUGAGGAUCAUCCAUGGAAGUGGCUUCUCUGAGGAGGAAAGACAGGACUUCGCCAAGCUCAUCUAUCAGAACAUCUUCACGGCUGUGAAAGCUAUGACCCGGGCCAUGAUCACCCUCAGACUGCCCUAUGCCUACCCAGAGAAUGAGAUGAAUGCCAGGUGGGUGCAGGAUGUGGACACAGUGCAGGUCAUCCAGCUGGACCGUGGCUUUGUGGACGCUAUCCGCCAUCUAUGGGCCGACCCAGGCCUCCGGGUCUGCUACAGCCGCCGCAGCGAGUAUCAGUUGCUGGACUCCACAGAGUAUUAUAUGACCAAUCUGGACCGCAUAUCUGCCCCAGACUACAUCCCCACUGCUCAGGACGUGCUGCGGGUACGAUUCCCCACCACUGGCAUCCAUGACUACUCCUUCACCGUAAAGACCAUCACACUCAGGAUUGUGGAUGUGGGUGGACAGAAGUCAGAGAGGAGAAAGUGGAUCCAUUGUUUUCAGGAUGUGACGUCCCUCAUUUUCCUGGCUUCCCUCAGCGAGUACGACCAGGUCCUGGAGGAGAGAGAGACUGAUCAGAAGCGUAUGCAAGAGAGCUUGGCUUUGUUCUACACCACCAUCCAUUCGCCCUGGUUCCUCAAGACCUCCAUCAUCCUCUUUCUCAACAAGACAGAUAUCCUGGCUGACAAGAUCCAGGCAUCCGACCUGCAGAAGUACUUCCCAGGGUUCACAGGAAAGCGACGUGACGCUCAGGAUGCUAUGAAGUACAUCCAGAAGAUGUAUGAGCAGCAGGCUCACAGCCGGGACAAGAAGGAAGAUAGCAAGACGCUGUACCCCCACUUCACCUGCGCCACCGACACCAACAACAUCCGCAAAGUGUUCAGUGACGUCAAGGACACGGUGCUCCUCAAGUCUCUCAUGGAGUUUGGGGUGAUCUGAGGGCCUGGGGAUCUGCCUACCUAUGGGGCCACACUCAACCAACAACCACUCAGGGCAGAACAGGCUCUCCCUCCGUCCCUCCCUUGCUCAGUUUUCUCCUCUCUCUCAAUCUCAGCUCCAGUGGGGAUGCUCUCGGGCCAAACCUCCUUAUUGCAGGAAGGAAUCUCGACCUGGAGAGCAGAACAGAAUGGAGGGACUCCUAUGACUCCUGUAUCACUAACCUGUUUUACACACACACACACACACACACACACACACACACACACACACACACACACACACACACACACACACACACACACACACACACACACACACACACACACACACACACACACACACACACACACACACACACACACACACACACACACCCACCCACUGAAGGCUUGUGUCACAUUUUGUGUUUGGUUGGUCUUUUAAUUGGUUUGCUUGGUUGACACCCGUAUAUGUUGUCGCUGGGUCUCAGGUGUGAGAUGUGAUGCAGGCGAGAAAUGUAUGAUUUGAGGCGUUUACUACAGCUGUGAUCGAUAAGGUGUCAGAAAUCACUUGAUGUCAUAACGGGUUCCCCUGAUACAGUGUGUUAUGGAAUGCAAUGCUGUACUGUACACUGUUAGGAUUCUUGCUUUGGUUUUUGCUGGAUACUUUUGUUUAGUCUCUUCCCCUAAUGUGCCUGCCUUACGACCAGUCACCUGCUAUACAUUGAGUUCAUAUGGGAACAACAACGCCGGUGAAUGUAUACAUUAACCAACAAAUGAGAGUGCUUAAGAGCAGCAUCCAAGUACAGGGUUAUUACUAGCUGGCAGGCAUGCUGAUGUUAAAGCUGAAAUGUAAUAAAAUAUCUCAUUAAAUUCCUAGGACCCUGUUAGGACUGCUAUUAGGUGGCUCAGAGAGGCCAGUUAAAAGGAACGUCUGGCAUCGCGGGUGGUUCAAGUCUUGCCACUGUCUGAUAGCUCUAAAAAUCAACAUGCAGUUAUGAUGUGAAUGGUUGUAGGCUUUAGGCUACGGUAGGGCUUUGAUUUGAGCAGUGGAGUUUUUUGUGCUUCGCUGCAGAGUGGCAUGAAAGGUUACACAGCAAACAAGGAUUUAAUCAUUGUGUCAAGACUAUAAACAACAACUCAUUAUUCAUAGUUGGCUUGCCCUUUUACUCUGGUCCCCUAUCAAUAUUUAUGUUCAGUCAAUAUUUAGUUUAGUAGGCUCAGGCUGUGCUCAACUUGUUUCAUGUUCAGUAGCAUUUUAUAUUGGAUUCUAUAUUGGUGUAAUUUAAGCGAUAUGGCCUCUAUAAAUAUGAGUGAGUGGAGCAGGAUGGAGUCUGUCAGAUAAUACAGGCAAUGAUAUUUUGACCUGUGUGCGUCACUAAAGCAGAUGAUGAGUGUGUCAGUGGAAAAGGACUUCAAAGUCAGAUUAAAACCUCUUCCAUUAAAUUGAAGUCAGUAAUAACAAAUUGCAGGCAUGGAUCAUACAAUAUGCAUCGAAUUUAUUCAGGUUUGAGAAGAUUGCUUUGCUGCAGUGUGAAGAAUGUGUUGUUGUUUUUUACUCAAAAACAUGUUUGGUAAAGGACUUGGGUCUGAAUGUGCAACUAAAUGUAUAGCUAUAUUUCCUUGUAGAACUGAACAUAGGCUCUGAUGAAUUAUUAAUUGUAUUCAGCUUAUUUUGUUAUAUUAGACCACCUCAUUAACAGCAAGUGUGACAGGAGAUGAUGCACUGUACAUAUUACAGACUAACAUUGGGAGAACUCUUAUUUGGUGCAAAUAUUUUGUAUAGAUUUGGGAAGAAUUUGGGGAAAUAUUUUCUAAUUAAAGUUGUGUUUUGAAAAAGA